AUGGCAUCUAAGAUCACGCUCUCCGUUGAGCCGCGGGGUAAACCCAUUGGCAAGCUUCCCAAGGAACUUGUUAUCUCGCUCAGUGAUUCAGGCGCGGCUCUGCACGAGAGUAUUGCCCAGAUUUCUGGCGCCUCCGUCCACCGACUCCGCAUAACCAAGGGCAGUGACCGUAGCGUCGUCCCAAACUCCAAGGAUACGUCUAUCGAAGCCACCGGUCUGCGCAACUCAAGCGUGAUCCACGUCAAGGAUCUUGGUCCUCAAAUCGCAUGGCGCACUGUCUUCAUCAUCGAAUACCUUGGUCCUCUUCUCAUCCCCGCACUCUUCCUUUUCCCACUGCGGCCCCUCGUGUACUUCAACUAUGACCAGCCCCUUCCCAACCCCUCGAACGUGCAGCUGCUCACAUGCGCAAUGCUGACUCUCCACUUCCUGAAGCGCGAGUACGAGACGCUCUUCGUGCACCGCUUCAGCAGCGCAACGAUGCCCAUCUUCAACAUCUUUAAGAACAGCGGUCACUACUGGUUCCUUGCUGGAUUCAACGUUGCGUACUGGGUAUUCCGCCCUGAUUCUUGGGCUGCGAGCUCCGAGCCCAAUCAGGCGCUUGUGUGGGCGGGCCUGGCUCUGUUCGUGUUCAGCGAGCUGGCUAACUUGAACGCGCACUUGGUUCUGCGUAACCUGCGCCGCCCUGGAACUACAGAGCGCGGCAUUCCUUCCGGUUUUGGCUUCAGCUGGGUCACUUGCCCCAAUUACUUCUUUGAGAUUCUCGCGUGGUUGGGGAUCUUCCUGGCUAGCCAGUUGAACCUGAGUAUCCUGAUCUUCACCCUUGUUGGCGGGCUUCAGAUGUGGAGCUGGGCUUGGAAGAAGGAGAAGCGCUACCGUAAGGAGUUCGGUGACAAGUACAAGAAGAAGCGCACUGUUAUCUUUCCCUUCCUCUUCUAA